CCGCUCCCCCGGCGCCGCCCAGCGCUGCGCCUGGGCCGGGAGGAGGAGGAGGAGGAGCAGGGGGCCGUAGCGGUCGUUGCUGGGCGGCGGAUGGCGGCGGGGGCGAGCGGCGGUGGCGGCCUGCUGCCCUUCCUGCGGCUGCUGGGGCAGCUGAAGAGAGUACCACGGACGGGAUGGGUGUACAGGAACGUGUCGAAGCCAGAGAGCGUAUCCGAUCAUAUGUACAGGAUGGCGAUGAUGGCUUUGGUGACAGAAGACAAAAGCCUUAACAAGGACAGAUGCAUACGAUUAGCUUUGGUUCACGAUAUGGCUGAAUGCAUUGUUGGAGAUAUCGCUCCUGCAGAUAAUAUCUCGAAAGAGGAGAAACACAGGAGAGAAGAGGCAGCUAUGCAACAACUGAGCCAGCUUCUGUCAGAGGACCUCAGAAAAGAAGUCUAUGAACUCUGGGAAGAAUACGAAAAUCAGUGUACUGCAGAAGCCAAGUUUGUAAAACAGUUGGACCAGUGUGAGAUGAUUCUGCAAGCAUUUGAGUACGAAGAGUUGGAAAACACACCUGGCAGACUGCAGGAUUUUUACGAUUCAACUGCUGGAAAGUUUGUUCACCCAGAAAUACUCCAGCUUGUAUCUCUGAUUAACACAGAAAGGAAUAAAAAAAUAGCUGCUACAUCUCAUCCACAUUCCUGAGGUGUUCCUAAACACUGUAACUAUAAUAAAUAUUUUGUUUUAUA